AUGAGUCAAGAGUUGCGGAACGAAGGGACCAAUACGAGCUGUCUUUUUGCCUUAUUUCGGAAACACGUCAAAUCAGGCAAUCUAAAAAGAUUCAAAAAUUUACUAAAAGUGCAUCAGGUUCUGCCCGCUGAAAUAAGAACCGCCUCAAAUACAACCCUUUUGCAUAUUGCAGCCAUGUACAACCAAGAAAAAAUGGCAAUAUUUCUUAUGGAACAUGGUUUAUCCAUGCACGAGCAGAAUGACCGCAGUCACUGUCCGCACUAUCUGGCUGUGCUUCGGAACAGCUGGCGCGUCUUAAGAUGCAUGGAAAGAUGA